UUCUACUGACCCCAAGACAGGAUGCUAGUCCAUCACGGGGUUACCCUCAAGCAUUUAAUUCGCCGGUACCCACUUAUACACCUGGGUGUUGUGUUCUUGCCCAAGAACACAACGCAAUGUCCCGGGCCAAGGCUCGAACCCGGACCGCUCGAUCCGGAAGUGAGCGCGCUUACCAUGAGGCUACCGCGCUUCAGACAUUGGAGUGUUACGUCAAGAAAGAUAGUCCUGUUGCAGAUUUCAUUUCUCAGCUUAGGCUAGAAAACUUUCCGGUGUAUUCCGUUGACGUGAAAUAUACCUAAUUAUUAAAACUAAUAUUGAAAUGAAAAUACGGCUAGCUGUUAUGUGGAGUAUCGAACUCAAAGGAGUAGAGGAAAUUGCUGUUUCUUGUAAUACUCAUACAGGAAACUCGAUCGCUUCAUCCUCUGCUGCUACGCCAGGAAAUCAAUAGAAGGAGUGGACUGUGAGUCUCCAGUCGAUGAAUUCUCAAGCUGCGACGAUCUCAUGAAAAACGAAACUCUCCAGAUUUGUAUUUGGAUUCUUGGAAUCCUCGCCUUCCUUGGUAACCUUCUUGUCAUAAUAUGGCGGAUCAUUGAUAAGGAAGAGAACAAGGUGCAUUCCUUUUUGCUGACAAAUUUGGCAGUCGCCGACAUGCUUAUGGGAGUGUAUCUUUUGACAAUCGCCAUUAUGGACGUCAGAUGGCAAGGGGAAUACUUUAAGCAUGACGAAGAAUGGAGAUCUGGACUGGGUUGCCAAAUUGUCGGAGUUCUUUCGAUGCUCUCUAGUGAAGUAUCCGUUCUGAUUCUAACCAUCAUCACGAUGGACAGAUUUCUUUGUAUCGUCUUUCCUUUCAAGUUCAAGCGCCUCACUUACAAAGCUACCGUUUACGCAUGCGUAGGGGUGUGGAUAUUCGGUGUCGUCAUAUCUACAAUUCCAAUCGCAGGGUUAAACUACUUUUACGACGACAGCGGUAAUUUUGGAUUCUACAGCCGCUCUGCCGUUUGCCUUCCUCUUCAGCUGUCCGAAGGGAGACAGGCCGGGUGGGAAUAUUCUGUCGCCUUUUUCGUCGGAUUGAACUUCGUCUCUUUCAUGUUUAUCCUCGUCGCCUACAUUACAAUGUUCUGGACGGUAAAGCGCGUUUCCCGCGCUGUGCGAUCAACAAAUUUAAGCAAAGAAUCCGCCAUGGCCAAGCGGCUUGUCUUCAUUGUGAUGACAGACUUUUGCUGUUGGAUGCCAAUAAUUAUAAUCAACAUAUUAUCUCUCACUGGACAUUUUGACGAUCCAGACAAAAUUGCCUAUGUGUGGAUAGCAGUCUUUGUUCUUCCACUUAACUCGUCCCUCAAUCCAAUUCUGUACACAUUUUCCACCGAAAGGGCAAAGCGAAGCUUGUGUCGGAAGAGAAAAAACGUCACUGGGUUUGUUAUGAAGACGGUAAACGGCCGAGGGGCAGCUGAAAAUCAGUCCGUUGAUUGGCUGAAAGCCCAUGGCGACAACACUUGCGUAUCCAACGUCAGCUCCAGUCCUUUGCAAUUACAUAAAGUAGCGGGAACACAGGAACAAGGGAGCAAACAGGCACAUGCCGAGCUGAGGCUGAUUGAAGAAGUUAACAUUCUGAAAGACGACACCGCAGGAAGGCGUGCAACAGGUUAUGCUACAGCUUGGUGUGAAGAAGGGAACAUUUUAAGUAUGGUGUUACUGAAAUACUUUGACAAAGAAUUGAAAGAGGAAUGGCAUCGAGAGGCUAACAUAGUACAGGGCCUGUCUUGUGAUGAAGAGCCGCAUGCCAAUCUACUUCAUUAUCGCUGGCACUCGAAAGCUUGCGACCAAAGUCUUGAACAGGGAAAACAGAAGAUUCGUGCUUUACAACCAAACAGUUUUCUGAUUUGCUACGAUUUUGUGUCGAGUUCCACAUUGGAAGAUUUUCUUUGUGAGAAAGGAACUGUUCUUAACUUCGAUACAGUGUGCGCUAUAGCCUGUGACGUCAUCAGCGCUGUAGAACGACUACAGGAUCUUGGAAUACUUCAUAACAACAUUACAACAAGCAACGUUUUGAUUGGCCAAUGCCCGAGACUUCUCCCUAUAACAGCUGUUUUGGGUGGUUUUUCUCGAGCGUCCAAGGUGAAUGAAGCCGGUGCCUAUAGCAACUGGGCGGUCGAUGAACAGAGUAACUAUGGCAACGAUAUUGAGCAAUUCGGACAUUUGCUGGCUACCUUAUUAGGAAACUGCCACGGCUCCAGUGAAUACAUUAAGCUGCAAGAAAUUAUGAACCGUUGUUUUGAGAAGGCAGAAAAACGACACGGAGCGUCAUACAUUCGAAGACUACUGGAAGAAGCUUGGUCCACUGAAGGAAUGUGGGACACAUACCUUUGAAUCAAACUGACGUGAAUAAUCACUUGGAUUACCUAAUAAUACAGUACCAGCAUUGAUGCUAUCAAAAUGUCCUUUUUUUCAAAUAAUUUUAAUUUACAAAGCACAAUUCUACAAGCAUUACUUACAGUGCAGGUCUCAUUACGCUACUCUACUUACAGAACAUUACUUACGUUACUUACAAAACGGGUUACUUAUGCUAGCAAUACAAUACUGAAUACGGCUUCUUACAGAAAAUACAAUUACUUGCAAAACGGGCUACUUACAUUGCUAACAAUAUAAUACUCUACUUACCUUACUUGCUGAACAUACAGUUACUUACAAUACGUUCUACUGCAUAUUGACUUUGAGGAGGGAGGAGUAAUUCUCACUAAAACAUUUAAUUAAGACAAAUUUUCAAAAUUGUAUUUAAUGUGUAGCUUGCUGAUAAAAUCCUGAAUGGAGAUGGCCAGGCCAUUUUUACUUGCUUGAAUAAAUGUAAUGGCGCAUAAAUAAGGCAGUGUUGUUGAAUUUCCGUAUCAUUGCUGUGUCGUGGGAACUUGCAGUAAUACCGAACAAGGUCUCCUCUGUGGUAGGAAAAAUUUGACACGCAUUCACUUGGUUGAACCAGUUCAAGACCUUUUGGGUAAACAAUUUGGUAAACAUACAUUCGAUAAAAGAGUGCUCAAUUGAAUCUUUAUCUCCGCAACAUAGACAUUCAUCGUCCGCCUUAAUACCAAAUCUGAAUAGUUCUUUCUUAGUUACUAUCAUUUUAAUUUAUGGAUU